AUGACUGAUAGUUAUAAUAUUAAUAGUAACAAUCUUAACCAUCAUAAUAAUAAUAAUAUUAAUAAUAUAGUCAACACUAGUAAUAUUAUAAACUAUUUUAGUUGUAGUAGUAGCAGCAUCAAUAGUUGUCAAACUUCAACAAUGCAAAAUCAAGAUAUAAUCAAUAAUAGCAGUCAGAUUGGUGUGGUGGCGAGCGAUGGUGAUUCAAGCAAGUCACCGGUAACAGUCACCAAGUCAACUUCGUCAUUUAUGAACAAAAGAAAGUUUGGUCUCACUAUCAAUCUCGAGAACAAUUCCGACACCGACAAGAUCGACUCUACCAAUAUAUUUAUUGUUGACUCGUCCAACAAAGAUGAGUUGCAACAACAAUCACUUUCACCUAAUACCAUCAUUAGCCAGCAACAGUCAAGCAGGUCACCAAACAAUUUGCAUCUCUCACCCAAUUCCUUUUCACUUGUAAAUAAUAAUCAGCAACAAUUCUUCACCACUUUUGUCACCGUUGAACUCACCGAAACUCGCAUUUUCCAGUCUGGCAAUACACUCGCCGCAUCAUUCACCGCUGAGUGUAUACCCUCCUCACCUUCGUCAUCUUCACCGAAAAUCUGUAAAUUACCAAACACCAACAACACUUCAAACGCAACUCCAACCUCACCAUCGUGUGCUCCAACCAUCCCAUGGGAAUUUUCACAAAACUCCAAUACCUCCAUUCCUUUAUCGACGGCAAACCUAAUAAUAGAUCAAUAG